CCUCGCACUUGAACUGGUCUAGGGCUGGUCGGGGCCCCUGGCUGUUGUUCCCACGUCGCUCGCUCGAUGCUCGCUUACUCUGCUCUGUUCAAUUGCGACCAUAUCCGCCUCAACCGAUGCGAGGUGCAACUUUACCACAAUCUCGCUCACUGACAGCAACUUCGCUCAACCCAGACCCAGAAUCCUCCUUCCCCCACAUCUUCACUGCCUCAUGCGCCGCAGCGUCCGGCCCUCCCGGCUGCGGCCUCACCACAAGUCCUCGACAGGCUGUUGCACCUGCCGCAGGCGCCGCGUCAAGUGCGAUGAGCAGAAGCCAGCCUGUCUGCGCUGCAUUCGCUACGGGGUCGACUGUAGCGGGUACGGGCCGGCAGCUGGGAGCACUGGUCGGGUGUUGAGCAGCGACAGACCCGGCAGCGCCAUGCAGACGCCCGAGUCCAUUGCCACAGAGCCGUCAGAUUACCCUGCCCAACGCUCGUCGUAUAGCAGGCAACAUGUUGACGGCUUUGCAUCUCCCUGCGAGCCUUCCCAGACCAGCUUGGGCCAGGCAAUACCCAGACAUAGCCAAGUCAGCCCUCAGACAACACAUCUGUCACCCUUGCACUAUGCAACUCCUUCCAGAGAGCAGGACUACGGGAGUGACACACAGGUCGAAGCUCGCGCAACAUCGCAUCACCAAUCACGUCCAACAAGCAAUGAUAACAUCUGGCCAGAUGUGGCCAACGACCAAAGAAUCUCCGAUGGGGAGACACACCAGACUAUCCCUCGGCCUCAGACACAUCUUGACCUUCUGCGCAUGCCUGCCGCCCAGAAGCGCCUCAUCCACCACUGGGUGACAUACACGAGCACCAAACUCGUCCUGGUCGACGAGGCGCACAACCCAUGCCGGACUCUCAUGCUGCCCAUGGCCCUCAAGGGCAUCACCUCGAGCGCGCAGAGCUCGACCGCAGACAUAGCCACGUUCCACGCCAUCUGCGCCUGCGCGGCAUACAACCUGUACAACCUCCAUACCCUCGCAUCCUCCUCAUCCGCUGUCGGGUCCUCAACCCGUUACACGUCUGGCCCUGCCACUCUCAGCCCGGACAUCACCACCAACACUUCAGCCACCGCCACCACCGCCGCAACCCAGAACCACGCCCUCGCACUCUCCCACGACCAGCAGGCAAUCUCGCACCUCCGGCACAACCUCUCCACGGCCGAUACCCACCACGACCAGUCCUCCGCCAUGGCCAUCAUGGCGUGCAUCACGAUCGAAGCCAUCUCGGG